AAUGAGCUCUUACUCUGUGGUUCUGCGGCCGGACUGGUGCUAGGAAAUUCAUUACACAGGCGUACAGCAUGAGUUGUUCAGUCUUGUUGUAUAAUAACUGUUGUGAUGAUAGAUUAUCAAGUUAAUACAUUGUAUUUAAUAGUUUAGACUAAGACGAGUGAUAAAUAAAAACAUGACUUCCAACGAAGAGCAGGAGAUGGAGUUGGAAGCUCUGCGCUCAAUCUAUGAAGGGGACGAUUGCUUCAAAGAACUAAGUCCUGUCUCCUUCCAGUUCAGGGUUGGAGAUCUUGACGAGUCCAAAUCUUUUCUGCUGGAUGUCUCGUGGCCAGAGACAUAUCCUGAAACUGCCCCACAUAUAUCCUUAGAUGCCUUUUUUAACAACAGAAUCUCUCCAGAGACCAAGCAGUUAAUAAUCUCCAAGCUGCACGAGCAGGUGGAGGCGAACCUGGGCAGUGUCAUGAUGUACACUCUGUUUGAGUGGGCCAAAGAGAACCAGGAGAUGCUGAUGGAGAAUCACCAGCCUGUAGUGUCUGCUGUGACCCUGAUUUCUAACAGCGACACAAACAGUCCCGUCUCUGUCAAUAAGAAAAAGGAGAAAAAAGAACAGCUCACAAAGGCACAGAAAAGAAAAAUGAUAGGAAGAACAGAUAACAAAGGUGAACUGCCCAGAGGUUGGAACUGGGUCGAUGUUAUCAAGCAUCUGAGCAAAACAGGAGGAAAAGAGGACGGCUAAAGAAUCUGCUGAAGAACCUCAUGCAUUGAAGGAAAACCAGAUGGACUGAUGGAUGGGAGUGAGAAGGAAAGUCAUGACUUCAAUGAGUGGGUUUUUUUUUUUUAAUAGAAAAUUGAAAUGAGCCAUGAUUUGGAUAAACUGGUGAUGUUUGUUGGGACAUUACAGUACAUAAAAAUAUUCUCUGCCAAUGUAAUUCCUCCUUGUCGAUUCACAAAAAGUGGCCGUAAUGAUGAGCAGGUGCUGUAAGGACAAACACAACAGAGUGUCUCAACAGGUGUUCUGAGAGCGGAUUCGGCUCCUGUGUCUCUACAUUACAGGGCUUUAUUGACAAAUUAAACAACAUCCGAUCAAUUUGUAUUGAACACUGUGUGUACAAAACGGAAACAUUGACAGUUUAUGGAGCAUUGUGAUUUGAUCUGAGUUUGUAUUUGUACAAGUUUUUAGCCUUUUUUCCCUUCUUUUGGUCAUUUAUUGUGCAUAUCUUUGACACAAUAUAUAAAUCUUAUUGAAGGAUUAA